AUGCCACCAAUUGUAGUGGAAGAAAAAUUCUCACAGAAAAUCCAAAACCUCGAGACACAGAUAAAACGACUUACAAAUUGUCCUCAAGGCUGGAAUAAGCAUGACAAAUCAUGUUAUAAGUUAAACAAACGGAAAUUAACACGGACAGUUGCAAAUCAAUUCUGCAGAAACCUGUCUGCGAGAUUAGCUGAAAUUGGCACGAAGAGUGAAAACGACUUUAUAAACAAUAUUAUCACAAAUAACUCCGGCACAGACCGAGCUUGGUUAGGCGGUGUAGAUAUGGGAAAAGAAGGCACAUGGAUAUGGAGUUUCUCGGAGAUACCACUGACAUUUCAAAACUGGGACCAGGGUGAAUCCAAUGAUGGCGAUGGAAACGAAGACUGUUUAGAAAUAUUGGGAACAAAAUAUGGACGCUGGAAUGACAAUGUAUGCUUAAAUUAAAUAGAGUCUGUCUGCGAAAAAGAUUUGUAGUGUUGUACAGGGGUACAUGUUCAUGUCGUGUGUGUGUCUGAUAGGGAAUAUGGUUAAAACCUGUAUCACCUGCUAUAUUUUCAAAUUCCUUUCCUUAAAAUACAGAAAGGCAAUGUCCGUCUACCACUGCCCUUGACUUCACUUUGUUCUAUAUCAACAAUGAGAGAUUAAUUGAGGCUUUGCUUUAAUAUGACAAAAAUACAUUACUUGAAAAUCGAGAGGAGAGGGCACUUGGUGGAUAGAAUAAUCAUUACCCCUGUUAAAUUUUGGAUUAUGAGGUAAUGGAGGAUAUUUGUAACAGCUAUAGUAUACAGUGCCCCAAACAAGAAAAUGUGCUUCAUAUUUUUUAUGCAGGAAUUGUUAGUUAUAUGCCAUGAUUUCAACAGUAUCGUUUAAAGUCUGCUUUUCGCAAAUUUUCCGAUCGUUAUAACAAUCUAGUUUGCCGAUACAACUUUUGAUUAGGUCAAAUCCUCCCUGACAUGUUUGUACCAAUUUUAAGGCCGUUGUUGAUUUUGACAAUGGAUUCCUCCGUUUACCUGAUCAA